AUGACUACGAUUCAACACCCUCUUCUAGGCCGUAUCAAGGGCAACAAGAAAAAUGACCUGGUGGAAUUUCUAGGCAUUCAGUACGCGACCCUCGCACACCAAUUCGCUCCAGCCGUUCCCAUCGACCGGAAAGACUCCGAUGAAUCGAUCGACGCUACAUCAUAUGGGGCAAGUGUGGGAGGUGUCGAUGGAUGCGACUCAGAAUUCGGCCUGAUCCAACACAAACUUCCCCGCACGCACUUCGCCAAGUCUGCCACACAGGGAUUAAAUCUAAAUAUCACGCUGCCCAGAGUGGAUAAUUUUUCCAAGAGCCUGCCAGUUCUGGUCUUCCUCCAUGGCGGCGGCUUCGGCGUUGGAUCUGCUUCAUGGCCGCAGAACCAGCUGACCAAUUUGGUAUCCUUUUCCAGUGAACUGGGGCUUCCUGUGGUCGGAGUUAAUAUCAACUACCGGGUUGGCCCAGCUGGAUUUUUAACAUCCGAAGAGCUGCGCGGCGCCGGGUUUACCCCCAACAACGGUCUUCGAGACCAGCGUGUCGCGCUGCAAUGGAUAAAAGCUCACAUUAAGGGAUUUGGUGGUGACUCGGAAAAUAUCACACUUGUUGGACACAGCGCGGGAGGUGUAUCUGCCUCUUUGCAUCUUGCCAGUGAAGAGCCACUCUUCAAACGAGUUGCCUGCCUGAGUGGUCAAUUACUCGCUGUGAAACCUCUCCCAGAUCAGGCUCAUGAAAAUAUAUACGCCGAGUCUCUUCGAAUCCUCGGCUUAGACAACCUGGCACCUAGUGAGCGAGUGUCUCGCAUGCGCGCAUUGAGUGCAGAUGAGGUGGCUAAAAUCUCAGCAUUCCCAUCCCGUCCAAUCGUCGACGGGGACAUAUGUCUCGAGAUGCCUUCUGUGAAGGCUAUACUCGAUGGUAUCCCGACUACGCUACACCGAGGCUGGUGCCAGGACUUGUUUAUAGGGGACUGUCAGUUCGACGGAUCUAUUAUGGCAGGUGCCUUGGAUCACAGAAAAUCGAGUAUCGGCAAAGCAUUUGGUGAGUACUUGGCAAAGGAAGUCGAGGACAUCGCCGGCUUGGCGAGUAAAAUCCUCUCGGCAUAUAGCAUCGACAUUGAUGGCAAUGAUGAUGACCGAGCAUUGUACGGCAUUCUUCAUCUGUUGAAUGACGUGAUUUUCUAUAUUCCGACCGUCUAUCUGGCUCAAUCAUGGAAAGAUGGAGCGGCCUACCUCUAUCGAUUCAAUGCACCGAACCCAUGGAAAGGGCGCUGGCAAGGCGAAGCUUCGCAUCUAACCGACCUGACUAUGCUUUUGCAUAACUUCGAUGAAUUUUUGACCGAGGAGCAAAAAAAGACUGGCCAAAAAUAUACCCGAGACUUACUAGCAUUUGUAUCUGGCCAGAAACCUUGGCAGGCAUUUGAUAGACAAGAAGCGUUUGAAAGAGAGUAUGGUAAUCUUCCGGGUGGUCGCAGGAAGUUUAUUUGGGAUAUAAUGACGAAGAUUGAGCCCGACCGGCUCGCAUUGGUGUUGGAACAGUUCAUUGCGGGAGGAUAA